AUGGCAGUUUUGGUGGAAGAAGCUUGUGCAAUGAUUAUGGAUCUGGCAGUAGAAACAGUGGAUAUGGUAGCAGAAGUUUCUAGUCUUCUUGAAAGGCCACAAAGAGCCUUUCACUCAACCAUCACACCUGUGUCUCCUUCUGGCCUCAGCGGCGCCACAACAAGUGGGGGUGAGAACGAGCGUGAGGAUCUGGAGCAGGAGUGGAAGCCCCCGGAUGAGGAGCUGAUCAGGAAACUGGUGGACCAGAUCGAGUUCUACUUCUCAGAUGAAAACCUAGAGAAGGACGCCUUCCUGCUGAAGCAUGUGCGUAGGAACAAGCUGGGCUAUGUGAGUGUCAAGCUUCUCACGUCCUUCAAAAAGGUGAAACACCUUACGCGGGACUGGAGGGCCACAGCGCAUGCCUUGAAGUACUCAGUGCUCCUUGAGUUGAACGAGGACCACCGGAAGGUGAGGAGGACCACCCCCAUCCCGCUGUUCCCCAAUGAGAACCUCCCCAGCAAGAUGCUCCUGGUCUACGACCUCCACCUGUCCCCCAAGCUGUGGGCCCUGGCCACCCCCCAGAAGAAUGGAAGGGUGCAGGAGAAGGUGAUGGAGCAUCUGCUCAAGCUCUUUGGGUUCUUUGGGGUCAUCUCCUCUGUGCGGAUCCUGAAACCCGGGAGGGAGCUGCCCCCCGACAUCCGUCGGAUCAGCAGCCGCUAUAGCCAGGUGGGGACCCAGGAGUGUGCCAUCGUGGAGUUUGAGGAGGUGGAGGCGGCCAUCAAAGCCCACGAGUUCAUGGUCACAGAAUCUCAGGGCAAAGAGAACAUGAAGGCUGUCCUGAUUGGGAUGAAGCCCCCCAAAAAGAAGCCCCCCAAAGACAAGAACCACGAUGAGGACCCCCCUACGAGCCUCCACCUGAACAAAUCCCCGAACAAGAGGGUUGAGGAGCUUCAGUACAUGGGGGACGAGUCUUCCGCCAACAGCUCCUCAGACCCCGAGAGCACCCCCACGUCCCCCAUGGCUGGCCGCCGGCAUGCAGUCACCAGCAAGCUCAGCCCCUCCGGUCACCAGAAUCUCUUCCUCAGCCCUAACGCCUCCCCGUGCUCAAGCCCUUGGAGCAGCCCUCUGGCCCAGCGCAAAGGUGUUUCCAGAAAGUCUCCCCUGGCCGAGGAAGGGAGACUGAACUGCAGCACCAGCCCCGAGGGCUUCCGCAAGUGCGUGGAUUAUUCCAGCGACAGCAGCGUCACACCCUCUGGUAGCCCCUGGGUCCGCAGACGCCGCCAGGCCGAGAUGGGCACACAGGAGAAAAGCCCAGGUACAAGUCCCUUGCUUUCCCGGAAGAUGCAGACUGCAGACGGGUUACCCGUGGGGGUGCUCAGGUGGCCCAGAGGCCCUGACAACACCAGAGGGUUCCAUGGCGGACAGGAGCGGGGCAGGGCCUGCAUGUAAAUACCUUCGAUUUUUAACAGCGCCUCCACUGGAGACCGCUUUCACUUACAAGGUUCUGACAAACACCUGCCAUGACGUAGAAUGGCAUCUGCCCCCUCGGGAGGAUUUUGUAUACGUGCAGAUCUCUUAAUUUAUAUAUUUGUAACAUAUAUAUGAGUUGUCUGGUACACCACAGUUUCAGGACCACCUCCUAGUUCAAAACACCCCUUCCUCCUCGCAUGGCUGUUAUUCUGACACCACCUGACGUGUGUGAGAGUCAUGACUUCUCAGGGCUAUGGGACAGAGGUUUUCUGGGGAGAGUCUGGCAACGUGCCUCUUCUUCGGGAUAGGAUUUUUCCCUGCCGUGACUGAGCUGUCCUUGGGAGGCUGUGCAAGAGUUUUCUGAGGGCCCAGAGGGGUUCUCUUGUACAAGGGCAAGUAGUUAAGCCCAUAGCAUGGUGUCUUCUAGGACCCAAUGUGUGUAACCUGUCAAGUGAAUAAAUAAUAAAACACCAAUCGUGAGUGCUG